AUGCUGAGAUCCUUCUCCUCCGUGGCCGUGGCCCAGCUGCUGCUCGUGGCAACGUUCCUGUACCUCCUCCAGAGGUUUCUGCCAAGGAGGAGCUGCAGGAUCUUCAGCGCACCACCGGUUGGGCCUGGGCCCAGACUUCUUCCUCCGGGCCCAUCGCCAUGGCCAGUGGUGGGAAGCUUGCCGGAGAUGACGCUGAAUAAGCCAGCGUUCCGGUGGAUCCACCGCGUGAUGCACGAGCUAGGCACCGACAUCGCCUGCUUCCGUCUCGGCGGCGUCCACGUGAUCCCUGUGACGUGCCCCAGGAUCGCCAGGGAGGUGCUCCAGAAGCAGGACGCCAACUUCGCGUCCCGCCCACUGAGCUUUGCCUCGGGCGCCGUCAGUGGUGGGUACGUUGAUGUCGUGCUGGCACCCUUCGGGGAGCAAUGGAAGAACAUGCGCCGGGUGGUCCUCUCGGAGAUCGUCUGCCCUUCCCGCCAUAACUGGCUCCAUGAGAGGCGCGCCCAAGAGGCCGAUAACCUCACACGCUACGCAUACAGCCUCGCCCUGCAAGGCACGACCGUGGAUGUGAGGCACGUGGCGCAGCAUUACUGCGGCAACGUCAUCCGCCGCCUCGUGUUCGGCAGACGAUACUUUGGUGGAGGGGGGAUUGAGGACGGCGGGCCGGGGCCGCUGGAGGUCGAGCACGUGGACGCCUCCUUGGCCACGCUGGGAAUGGUCUACGCGUUCUGUGUCAGCGACUACCUCCCGUGCCUGCUCGGGCUUGACCUCGAUGGCCAUGAGAAGAAGGUAAGGGAGGCCCUCGUCAAGAUCGACAGGCUGCACGACGCGGUCAUUCUUGAGAGGUGGCGGCAGUGGAAGUCUGGCGAGAGGCGGCCGGAGGAGGUCGAGGACUUCCUCGACAUCCUCAUCUCGUUUAAGGGCGCGCUGCUCUCAAUUGACGAGGUCAGAGCUCUCUGCAGGGUACGUAAGAACUAACUCCUCUUCUAGAUCUCUCCAUCGAUGCAUGCACGCAAGUGAGCACGUAGCAAAAUCAAAAGGAGUGUUUAUCUUUCAGACAUAGUUUUCGCGGCGGUGGACAACCCGUCGAACGCGGUGGAGUGGACGAUGGCGGAGAUGGUGAACCGGCCGGAGUUGCUUGAGAAGGCGGUGGAGGAGCUGGACCAGGUGGUGGGGCGCGACCGGCUGGUGCAGGAGUCGGACAUCCCGAAGCUCCAGUACGCCAAGGCGUGCAUCCGGGAGGCGUUCCGGCUCCACCCGGUGGCGCCCUUCAACGUGCCGCACGUGGCCCUCGCCGACGCCACUGUGGCGGGCUACCACAUCCCCAAGGGCAGCCACGUCAUGCUCAGCCGGGUCGGGCUGGGCCGGAACCCGGCUGUCUGGCCCGACCCGCUGCGCUUCGACCCGGAGCGCCACUUGGUGAACGAUGAUGUGGCGCUGACAGAGAACGAGCUGAGGUUCAUCUCCUUCAGCACGGGCCGUCGCGGGUGCAUGGCCGUGUGGCUCGGGACGGCCAUGAGCGUUAUGCUCUUCGGGAGGCUCCUGCAAGGGUUCACCUGGAGCAAGCCUGAAGGCGUGGAGGUUAUCCAUCUCAAGGAGGGCAAGCAUGACCUUUUCAUGGAGAAGCCGCUGUUGCUUCAUGCCGAGCCACGCCUCCCGGUGCACCUCUACCGAGCGGCUGCUCAACCAGUUAAUUAGCUAGUUUGUGUUUCUGCAAAUAAAGAUCGAGCUAGGUCCAUCGAUCGCCAUGUAACUCCUAUGAUGUGUGGGAUUAGCUAUAUUAUCAUUUGGGGAAAACAGAGAUCCUCCUUGAUUUAAAUUACGGAAUCAUCGGAAAAUAUAUUGCGCGCACGUUCGCACGUUUGUUCGGCUGCGCGACGCG